GGCACCGCUGAGGGGAGCGGACCUCCCCGAGCAGGCGCGUCCGACACCACCAUGCAGCGCCCGGGUCCCCGCCUGUGGCUGGUCCUUCAGGUGAUGGGGUCGUGCGCCGCCAUCAGCUCCAUGGACAUGGAGCGCCCGGGGGACGGCAAGUGCCAGCCGGUCGAGAUCCCGAUGUGCAAGGACAUCGGCUACAACAUGACCCGCAUGCCCAACCUGAUGGGCCACGAGAACCAGCGCGAGGCCGCCAUCCAGCUGCACGAGUUCGCGCCGCUGGUGGAGUACGGCUGCCACGGCCACCUCCGCUUCUUCCUGUGCUCGCUGUACGCGCCCAUGUGCACCGAGCAGGUCUCCACCCCCAUCCCCGCCUGCCGGGUCAUGUGCGAGCAGGCCCGGCUCAAGUGCUCCCCGAUCAUGGAGCAGUUCAACUUCAAGUGGCCCGACUCGCUGGACUGCAGCAAACUCCCCAACAAGAACGACCCCAACUACCUGUGCAUGGAGGCGCCCAACAACGGCUCGGACGAGCCAGCCCGCGGCUCGGGCAUGUUCCCGCCGCUCUUCCGGCCGCAGCGGCCCCCGGGCGCGCAGGAGCACCCGCUGAAGGAUGGGGGCCCCGGGCGCGCGGGCUGCGCCAACCCGGGCAAGUUCCACCACGUGGAGAAGAGCGCGUCGUGUGCGCCUCUGUGCACGCCCGGCGUGGACGUGUACUGGAGCCGCGACGACAAGCGCUUCGCCGUGGUCUGGCUGGCCGUGUGGUCCGUCCUCUGCUUCUUCUCCAGCGCCUUCACCGUGCUCACCUUCCUCAUCGACCCCGACCGCUUCCGCUACCCGGAGCGCCCCAUCAUCUUCCUCUCCAUGUGCUACUGCGUGUCCUCGCUGGGCUACAUCAUCCGCCUCUUCGCAGGAGCCGAGAGCAUCGCCUGCGACCGGGACAGCGGCCAGCUCUACGUCAUCCAGGAGGGCUUGGAGAGCACCGGCUGCACCCUCGUCUUCCUGGUGCUCUAUUACUUCGGCAUGGCCAGCUCGCUCUGGUGGGUGAUUCUCACGCUCACUUGGUUCCUGGCUGCCGGCAAGAAGUGGGGCCACGAGGCCAUUGAGGCCAACAGCAGCUACUUCCACCUGGCGGCCUGGGCCAUCCCGGCCGUGAAGACCAUCCUGAUCCUGGUGAUGCGCAGGGUGGCGGGGGACGAGCUCACCGGCGUCUGCUACGUGGGCAGCAUGGACGUGAACGCGCUCACCGGCUUCGUGCUCAUCCCCCUGGCCUGCUACCUCGUCCUCGGCACCUCCUUCAUCCUCUCCGGCUUCGUGGCCCUCUUCCACAUCCGGAGGGUGAUGAAGACGGGCGGGGAGAACACGGACAAGCUGGAGAUGCUCAUGGUGCGGAUCGGGGUGUUCUCGGUGCUCUACACCGUGCCGGCCACCUGUGUGAUCGCCUGCUACUUCUACGAGCGCCUCAACAUGGAGUACUGGAAGGUGCUCGCCACGCAGCGGAAGUGCAGGGUGAACAACCAGACCAAGAGCCUGGACUGCCUGAUGGCCGCGUCCAUCCCCGCCGUGGAGAUCUUCCUGGUGAAGAUCUUCAUGCUGCUGGUGGUGGGCAUCACCAGCGGGGUGUGGAUCUGGACGGCCAAGACGCUGCAGUCCUGGCGCGGCGUGUGCGGCCGCCGGUUCAAGAAGAAGAACCGGAGGAAACCAGCCAGCGUCAUCACCCACAGCGGGAUUUACAAAAAGGCCCAGCACCCCCAGAAAACGUACCCGGGGAAAUGCGAAAUCCCUGCCCAGCCUCCCGCCUGUGUGUGAACCGGCUGGGGGGGCGGGGGGCAGAGCUGGGAACUUUCCCACAGAGGGUACGGUGGCCGGCAGAGCCA